UUUUUCAAAUGAAAGCAUGCGACUUUACAAUUCAAGGUUUUACAUAUUUUCUUAGUUGUUAAAACGUAAUUUUAAACAGAGAGAGAAAUUAGCUGACAUGAUUUUUUGUAAUACUCCAUGAAAGCACCCAUGCAGCGCUGCUUGACUCUGACCCUUGGCCGUUACAAGAGGCUCCUCUUACAGAAAAGAAUUUCUUCUUUCCACUGUCAACAAUCGGCAACAAUGUCAAGUCUGCUCAUCAACCAGCCCAAAUAUUCAUGGCUGAAGGAACUUGGUUUGUCAGAGGACAACCCUGGAGUUUACAAUGGAAGCUGGGGGGGUAGUGGGGAGGUCAUCACAUCUUAUUGUCCUGCCAAUAACGAGCCGAUUGCCAGAGUUACUCAGGCUACUUUGGCAGAAUAUGAAGAAACUGUCCAAAAGGCAAAAGAGGCCUGGAAGUUAUGGGCAGAUAUUCCAGCCCCAAAACGAGGCGAGGUUGUACGGCAGAUUGGAGAUGCAUUAAGAAAGAAAAUUAAAGUACUUGGAAGCCUGGUGUCGCUGGAAAUGGGCAAGAUCUAUGUUGAGGGAGUGGGGGAAGUUCAGGAAUAUGUUGACGUCUGUGAUUAUGCUGUUGGCCUCUCGAGGAUGAUUGGUGGGCCAAUGCUUCCUUCAGAACGACCGGGACACGUUCUCAUUGAGCAGUGGAAUCCAGUUGGUCUUGUCGGCAUCAUCACUGCCUUUAAUUUCCCCGUCGCCGUCUACGGCUGGAACAACGCCAUUGCCCUGAUCUGUGGCAACGUCUGCCUUUGGAAAGGUGCCCCGACCACGCCGCUGACCAGUGUUGCUGUAACAAAGAUUGUAGCUGAAGUGCUGGAGCAAAACAAUCUUCCUGGGGCUAUCUGCUCCAUGACAUGUGGGGGUGCCGAUGUUGGCACAGCCAUGGCGAAAGAUGAGCGGGUAGAUCUGUUGUCUUUCACUGGUAGCACCCAUGUUGGGAAGAUGGUGGCCAUGACGGUGCAAGAGAGAUUCGGACGGAAGCUGCUGGAGCUCGGUGGAAACAACGCCAUCAUUGCGUUUGAGGAUGCAGAUUUGAACCUUGUAGUACCUUCUGCUGUCUUCGCUUCUGUUGGAACUGCCGGCCAGCGCUGCACAACAACAAGGAGGCUGAUGCUGCAUGAGAGUCUCCAUGACACUGUGGUUGAGAGGAUUGCAAAGGCUUACAAGCAAGUUCGCAUCGGAGACCCCUGGGACCCCAAUACUCUCUACGGUCCUCUGCACACAAAGCAGGCCGUGGAACAGUAUCUGGCAGCAGUAGAGCAGGCCAAGCAGCAGGGUGGCACCAUCGUCUGUGGAGGAAAAGUGAUGGAUCGUCCUGGAAAUUAUGUAGAACCCACAAUCAUCACUGGUUUGCCUCACAAUGCACCCAUCGUCCAUACUGAAACAUUUGUCCCCAUCCUCUACGUCCUGAAGUUCAAGACGGAAGAGGAGGCAUUUGCGUGGAACAAUGAGGUACAGCAAGGUCUGUCCAGCAGCAUCUUCACCAAAGAUAUGGGUCGAGUCUUUCGCUGGCUCGGGCCCAAAGGGUCCGACUGUGGCAUAGUCAAUGUCAACAUUCCCACUAGUGGAGCUGAGAUUGGAGGAGCCUUCGGUGGGGAGAAGCACACAGGAGGUGGAAGGGAGUCGGGCAGCGACUCUUGGAAGCAGUACAUGAGGCGCUCGACGUGCACGAUCAACUACAGCAAAGAUCUCCCUCUGGCUCAGGGCAUCAAGUUUGAAUGAAGCCUUCAAGCGUUUUAUUUUUCAAACUUUGACCACGAAGGACAAAAGUCAAUAUUCUGAAUAGCAAAGAGUGGAUGCUAAACGUUUGUCGUUGUCAUUCAGUGUGGUCAGAUAAGAUAAUUUGAGUUGUGCUUUUGGUUGUAGCAGUAGAUGCUAAUCUUAGGUUUGAAUUGAAUUGCUUCAGCGUUUGAAAUUAUGUGAUUUCUUUAUUUCCCUGCAGGUCUAGUUGUCAUCCCCUUAAAAAUGUUAGCGUGCACUUUUCUACUAGCACUUCAACUAAACUCAAAACAGAGACGACUGUAUUUGAUAAUCUAUACUGUUGAAAUAAAUGAAUAAAAUGGUCAAUAGUA